AUGAACCGGGAAAAGUUCGUGGAGUCAUUCUUUGAUCACGGCGUGGAACCGAGAGGUUAUCCAAUGCAAGAAUCAAAAGAGAUGGUUUUUCACGAGCAGAAUAACAAAAGCGUUUCGGCUCGCUGCCAGAGGGUUGUGGGUCAGAGACAGUUGUCGAUUGAGAGAUGCACGUGGACGAAGAUCAUCAUUAAAGUCCAUGAAAUAGCGCAGAAAAUUGCACGGAUUGAUUUUGUAGUGUUGAUUCUGUGUGAUAAUACAGAGCACUUCAGAGGGAAACGACUGUCCUCUAUUUUAAAGGCUCCGCGAAAUCCUCUUGACGAUCUGGGAAAUGGGAAUGAGUUGACGCAGGAUAUCAAUGUGGAAAAACGCAGGAAAAACUCACGCCGCGUCAGCUUUGCGAACACCAUAAACUGCAGAGUCUUCCAGCGAGAGCUUAAGAAUAACACAGCAGAGGGAGAAAAUACAGAGUGUGCAGCAGAUACGAGGGAUGAUGUCCUGCUUAAUCAAAAUGAAGAACCUGAAGCUGUUUCCUGUGAGAUCACUGGAAUGAGCACUUUGCUUCACGCCCCUAUCCAGGCAUUGGUGCAGCAGACCGAAUGGCAUGAUGCAGACAGCGCCAUUCAAAGAACAAACAGGAAUGACACCACCCUCAUCUUUUCAGAGGAAAACGAAAUGGAUAUGACAGCUAGUCACACCGCAGUGAUUACUCGUAACCUGAAAACCAAUCAAGCUGACGAAACUGAGAAAAUAGAUGUCACAUCGUUUCUGGCUGGGUUAAACUCUAACAGUGGAAAGGCAGAAAUGAGCAAAGAAUUUCAUUUCUUCUCUGACCCUACAAACAAUUCGUGCCCAUCUUCCAAACAGAAGGAAGACGCUACUGCUGUGAAAAAAAUAAAUUUCAAUGAAUUUUUGAUGAGCUUGAAGUCAAACACAACGCUGCUUAAUCCUACUGAGGGACCUGAAAAAGAAAAUGGUUUUUUUGGCCCUUUGCAAGUCUCAGAAGACGUGGCACGAUCCUCGGUGGAAUUCAUUUAUUCCCACGAACCACCGGACACCUGCAACGUAACCAAAAUCUUUAGGGGGCAAGAUGAUGGGAUGGAGAUGACAAAAUGCCAGGCAUCUCAUGUGAAAGCCGCGUUUUCUGCUACUGCUGAAGCUGCUCCGCAGCAGUUACCGUGUGGGGAUGUUACCGAGGCGUUCGUAGAUGAUGGCAUGGAUAUGACAACUAGUCACACUGCAAAAGUGUCUUUUCCCUUCUCUAGUGCGGGGAAUCAAAGUCUGAACUUCAAAAAUGAUUUCCCACCCACGGAGUUAGACAAUUCGAUAUUAAAGAGAGCAACUGAUCAGCACAUCCCUCAGCUUUGUACAGACAAGAAAAUAGUAAAUGUUGAAGUCGGACGAGCUCCUGCAGUGCUGCGAGCCGUGAAACAGGAGGCCAGGCCGAUGUCUGCCAUCCGAGGAGCUGUUUCUUCUGAGACUGUCUUUCGAGGUGAUAAAACUGUUGUUUUUUCUAAAGGCGAUGACAUGGAAAUUACUGGGAAUUAUACGGAGGUAUUCUAUGAUGAUGAUAUCAGAGGAAUGAACAGUUCGUGUCACAAAACUUUUGAAAAGCCAGUUAAUACAAACUCUUCACUGGCAGAAACCAGCCGCCCAGCACAGGGUGACAGGGACAUCACAAAGAGUCUAACAUCUUUAGAUAAUCGGGCUUCUGUGUCAUGUAAAAAUAGUGCUCCUGAACUAACUUCAGGCUCAGAUGAACAAAUUAAAAAAGUGACCCAAGACCACGGGGCAGCCUUGAUGAGUGUUGGUUUGGAUUCACGUACAAAUUCGGUGUCUGCUGGUGUUUCUAAGAGCAGGCUCCAGCACAGACUCACAAACUCCCAACUUGGUUCUCUGCCCGGUGAGAAGACGAUAAUAUUCUCAGGAGAAGAUAUGGAUGUGACUAAAACCUGUGAUGUCAAACAUGAUGGAAAGAAUGUUGAAAACGCAUCUGCUGCUGGAGCGUUCGCCUCAGUGAUCUCCAGACCUCAUUUUCUUGACAACAGACGUACAUCUUCCCCUGUAACUGAACAGGAAGAAAUGGAAAUGACGAGGUGCCAUGCUGUUGUCAUUGAUGAUCAAAGCAACGGGAUCACUGCAGAAGCAAAACAAAUGCCGUGUAAAAUAAUUCCGAGAAAGAACCAGAACAAAAAUGUCAGAAAAGGUGCAAAUUCUGUAGAUAUGGACAAGGAAAAUGUUGAAGUGAUCGGUAUGGAUGGGAAUAUUCAAAGAAGCCAGGCUGUAGAAAUGAAUACCAGCGAUCUCAACAUGGUGAUGGUUGAUAAGCUUACAAGAACAAGCUUUCAGGCAAGUGGUGCAAGUUCUUGUGCAAAGAGCGUGUGUUUGUCACAAGAGCGAAAGAGAGAAGUCCCUGAGAAUAUUGUCACCGGCACCUCUGCAUCCGUGGCUUUGCAAAGUCAAAGCCUUGUUUUAUCACAACCUUUGGAAAAAACCCUUCCAAACGCUUCUGGUCCCUGUGCAAAUAACAAAACGAGCGUGGUUUCGGAGGAUCAAAACGUGGUCGUGACCAAAACUCAUCCUGCUGCCUCGGACGUUGCUUCUCUUAGAACAGUACAAGGAUACGAGAAUAAUCGUAACCAAAAUGAUGUCAUACCCAAGCAGCUGCAAAAGCAGACCCUCCAGUGCUCUGGUAGUCCUGGCGUAGAUAUCACGAGUCAGACUGCAGCCAGCCAGUGCGGGGAUUUGAAAAGUAACCGAAAGAAGCAAACUGGGAUUCCUUUGGCUCCAAAUGGUUCCCUUGUUUCCAGUAACGAGCCCGCUGGGACAAAAGGAAAUGGACAAUUUGGUAGGGCACUAGGAACAAAUGCAGAUGGCCAUCACUCAGACAGGCAAGAGAAAUCUCAUGCCGUGCAGGCAGUAAACAAAGUCUUGGCAACGCCAGUCGAGUCUGUGGUUCACUCUGAACCACGGAAAGGACGUUGCCAGUUGCCUUCCUUUUCAGAAAAGUCAGUUGUGUUUCCCUCUGGUGAAAACAUGGACUUGACUGGCAACUGCGUGGUCAUGGCUCCUGAUUACAUCAGUGCUGUUUGGCCAGAAAGAAAAACAUUACCUGGAUAUCCUGUUCAAGAUGAAAAAAUAAUGCCCAAUGAUGUGUACUCCUUGGCGUCCGGCAAAAAAAUGUUACCCGUGAGUGGUUUAAAACCUUUGCUUUUUGCAAGUGAGAAAACAACCAUAUUUUCAGAAGAUGCUGAUAUGGACAUUACCAGAAGUCAUACAGUUUCAGCAGACAAAAUCAUUUUGCAGUGUAAAAAUUCCAGUAGUGACGCAUCCUUCAUUUCUGGAGAUAAAACUUGUGUUUUUACUUGCGAUAAUGACAUGGAAAUAAGUAGGCUCAACACUGUUGCAAUUGAUAAAUCUACAGAAAAGGCUGCGUCUCAAGGGAUGCUUAUGGCUAAAAGGACUGGAGGGAAAAGCCUGAAGGGAACAACAGGGGAACAGACUGUUUUAUUUUCGCUGAGCGAUGAGAACAAUGACAUGGAGAUCACAGAGAGCCACACGGCUGCCAUAGGCCGUGAAAUUGUCUCACCAAGCGAGGGAGGGCUUUGUUCUGCCUCUUCAGCUCAUCCUGCUCAAACUGUGGCAUUCACAAGUGGCCAGGCUGACAUGGACAUCGCCGAGCCUUGCUCUGCUGACAAAAUUGCCGUAAAAGUGGCACGUGAGGAUGAACCAAACUCAGAUGAGGAGGUUGGACAGCGAGUACUUCCAAGUAGCGAAGCUACAGUGCUUGCUGUGGCUGAUAUGGAGAUCACUAAAACCCAGCACGUAGCUUUGGAAGAAAAUUCUCUGCCAGGCGGGCCACCCGCUCAGUCUGUUCCUUCGACUUCCACAAUUAUGUUUACGAGUCACCAGGCUGACAUGGAAAUGACCAAGGCUCACUCCGGUGAUGAAAGCAUCGAAAGAGUCUUUUGCGAGGACAGAUUAAACCCAGCAAGGCAGGCUGGGCAGGGCACUGUUUCCAGAGGUGAAACCGUCAUCUUUCCUUUGGCCGAGGAUAUGGGGAUCACCAGAAUUCGUACAGCUCUGCUAAGCGGUGAUGUCGCUCAGAGCAGAGAGCCCACUCCUGCCGACAGAACCAUUGUGUUUACCCACGAGCAAGACGACAUGGAAAUAACCGCAUCCCAUACUAUUGCCGUCAGUGACAACAUUAAGGAGUUAGAGAAUCGAGAAGUGUCGCGUAAAAGCACUCGGCAGCCAGACUUGCGUAGUGUCUCCUUGUCUUCCUGCAGAGAUGAAGUAGAUCCCUCGCGUACGAAAGACCUGCAUGGUGAGUAUUGCACAAACUCUCAGGGUGAGCCCUGCAUUCCCUCUUCCAAUUCAUCAGCUUUUCCCAGCGAGGAAGGAGCCAGCAAAGUCCCCAGUGGCACGACACCAGGUCCUGUUCGUUCUGUCUCGCUUCCACAAGAGACAAUGGGUGUGCAGACACCACAGGAUCUCGACCUUCCCGCGGCUGAUUCUGUCCCUGUAAGCAGUGAGCAGGAUCUCCUGCUGCCAGAAAACCUCAAAAAAUCAAAGAGAGUCUCUUUCAAGCUUCCAAGUGAUGCUCCCACGGAUUGCAGUGGAGAAAGCGACGAUUUGGUGUCCCCUGUUUCCAUUCCCACCCAGCAACCAGAUCCUUCACCAGGUUCUCCAGAUGCACGUGGUACUCGGGGAAACCAGGCGCUGAAGGAUGAUCCACCUGGACAUAAAGAUUCAGCUACAGGUUUAGGCUUAGCUGGAGCAAGCCUUGUUCCAGUUUCUAACACGGAAUCAAAAGAGAACGAGGGACUGCCAGCUGAAGGGCAAACGCCUCCAAAAGACUUUCAGAUAAACUCUGAGCAGACUAAGAAACUGUCGGUCAGUGACAGUCCAAGAGAUCAAACAGAGCCCACUCUGGCCCCUGAGUUCUCAGGUAUUUUAAACGUUUGUUCAAAGCUGGAAAACAUUAGAAGGAAAUCUGCACUUCUCUCCAGUUCCGAAACUGCUUUUUCUGACCACGUGCCCAAAUCAUCGACUCAGCCAGAGGAUACCCUGAAGUUAGGAAAAAGUACCGUAAAUGAACCAAAUGAUUUAUUUUACACCAGAGAGCAGGAGAACACAUGUCCUGAAUCUGGAGCUGCUCCCAUAGAUGCAAAUUUAGAUUUGGCAUUUAAGGAUAAAUAUCAAGGAAUAAACGUCCCUCUGGGUAUCUUCCAGCCUAAAUUACCGACCAGAAGAAACCCUUCUGUUUCUAGUGUACAAGAUAUAAAUGCAAAAUCUUCAGACAAAGGAGAAGCACCGGUUUCAGAAGCAGGCGUGAACAGCUGUGAAAGCCCAGGCAACACGAAGCCUAGCAGGCAGAACAUCAGCCCUUCUCAGUUUAUAGCAGAAGAAUUUCUUCCUGUCAGCCUGGAAGACAUGGAUUCAAACGAAUCGGUAAGCUUGGAACUCAUGGAAAAUGCUUGCCAUGAGGUAAGCAAAAACCAAAUCUCCCACGAUGGAAAGAGCCAAGGUGAAGAGACGAAAACUUGCAAUGCAAAACGAGCUCUGGAGCAAGAUGAGGAGGAUCUUCAAAGUCCAAAGAAGGUCAAGAGAGAAGAGAACGUGGAUGGUGAGGCCUCCCAAGACUUGCAGGUUACUUUUGGUGCUGUGUCUCAAAACCAAGAAGUUCAUGAUGGUGAAGAUCCUCCAAAUCUCUUGGCUAAAAGCCCUGACUGCACUCACGCCAGCACCAGCAGCUCUCUGGAUUCCGUUAAGGCUGACACCGAAUUAACAAGUAAGAAUUCCUUUAGAAGCAGUCAGAUGGAGUCUCAGCUUCUCACAGAUAGCAUUUGUGAAGAUAACUUACGGGAGAAAUUUCAGAGUGGUGUUAUCACAGUUGGAGAAUUUUUUACUCUUCUUCAAGUCCACAUUCCGAUCCAGAAGCCCCGACACAGCCACAUUCCAGCCAGCGGUGCAGUCAGUGCACCACCUACUGCAGAAGACCUCCUUUACAGCCAGUAUGUUUAUCGCCCCAAGCUGCGUAUUUAUGAAGAAGACUGCCGGGCCCUUUCUCAGAAGAUCGAUGAGUUAAAACCCUGUGCAAAUGUCCAGGAUCAGCUCCUGGUGAACGUGAAUAAGAGUCUCUGGGAAGUAAUGAGAACGUGCUCUGAUGAAGAGCUGAAGAGCUUUGGAGCAGAACUGAACAAGAUGAAAUCCUGUUUCACCAAGGAGAGCAAAAUCUUGGCUCACAACGAGAAAGCGACGCUGUACAGCAAGUUGCUGCAGAGCGCGCAGGAACAACACAGAAAGCUGCAGUCGAGACUAGAAAAGCUGGAUGAAGUGCUCAAGGAGGCCCGGAGCUGCCUCGUUGCUCUGGGAGCAGAUUCUGACUGGGAAGAAUCGGAAGCAGACUCGAGUGAUGAAAUGGCAGAAGCGAAGAACCUGGAGGAAGAAUUGGAAUACCUGAAAAACCUGAAAGCCCAAGAAGAGGCACUUCAAAAAGAGCUGUCGGAUCUGGAGACUGAGGAUGAGCAAAUUCUUGCUCAGAUGAACCGGCUGGAGGAAGAAGAAAAAAGCUGCCAGGAACUCCUGGAGAGAUUCGACUUCACUGAGUGGGAGAUUACUGAAUGGAGUGAACAGCGGGCAGUCUUUAAUUUUCUUUAUGAUUCGAUUGAACUCACCGUUGUGUUUGGCCCCCCAGUAGACGGUGAUGUUUUCGGUGAAGAUCCUUCCAGAAAGAUCAUUAGCCUGAGCUUCGAAUCCUUCCUGGAUGAGGAAAAAGCUCCACCUUCCACACGUUUAGUUCAAAGACUCAUCUUCCAGUUUAUUGGGAGUCAUCAGGGAUGCUGGCAGGAGGAGUGCCCCACCCUGUACUACCUGCCCCAGGUUCUUCAUGAGGUCUCUCUGGUGGUGAGUCGCUGCAAGAUCUUAGGAGAGGAGAUUGAAUUUCUGGAGAGAUGGGGUGGAAAAUUUAAUCUUCUGAAGACGGAUAUCGAUGAGACGAAAGUGAAGCUUUUGUUCUCCGCGGCCACAGCUUUUGCGAAGUUUGAGCUGACCCUGUGUCUGUCUGCCAGCUACCCUGCUGCUCCGCUGCCUUUCACUGUCCAAAGCCAAAUUGGGAAUAUCGGGGAGAAGGAAGUUUCUGCUGUUCUCUCCAGCGUGCCUGUUGGUCACCACUAUCUGCGGAGAAUAGUCAGCUUGAUUCAUCACCAUUUGCUCCAGGAUCCCAGCUGA